GUUUUGCUUAUUAGUUUUUUUUUAAUAUCGAUGUAUCGUUUAGUCAAAAUAUCAAUAUUGGAACUUAAUUAGUUUUUCUUUUUUUGGAGGCCAAGUGUGUUCGAAAAAGAUUGUGAGGGAGUGCAGGAUUUGUACAGAAGAAGAUGAAGAGCAUGAGAUGGAGGCUCCCUGUGCCUAUAAUGGAACUCUAAAGAUGAAGGUUUUUUUUCUUUUGAUUCUGGGUUGGGAACUUAAACAUGGAGAUUGGUGGUGGGGAAAAGAUGCAUAUUAUUUCAUGAGUUCCACUUCAUCUCCUCCCUAUCCUUUUCUGCGAUCGAUGAAUGUAUCGUGGUCACUGGUCGACAAAACAAACUGUGGUCUAGGAGGAAUGUAUGGGUAUAUUGGCGAUGAGGCUGCACUUUUGUCACCCUAUGUCUUAUGCCAUUGGUUUGGGUUGUAUUGAGGUUAACCUUUUCGAUGGCACUUAAAAAAUCCCUUUUGAAAAACUGUUGAUUCUACGUUGUAAGCAUUGCCUUUCGAAAAGGCAAUGCAUAUUGUGGGUCAACGUGAAAUUGAGUACUUGGGAUGCUCCAAGGGUAAUCAAGAAGCUGCUAGCUUUGGUAGAAUGCUUAGGGAUGACAAAGGCGCAUGAAUUUUAGGACAUUUUGGGAUGCUCCCAAGACUCGGAUACAUCUAUAUAACAAUGCAGCUCAGCUUUGGUAGCUGAGCCAUAUUUUAGACCCUUAGAUUUAUCUAUAUAUCAAUGCAGCUCAGCUUUGGUAGCUGAGCCGUGUUUUAGACCCUUAGAUUUAUAUACACAUAAAUCCUAGGGCUGAGAUUUAAAGGGUUCAUACUGUGUAACUUUCAUACCCAAGCAACUUGCUCGCUCUCUCUCUCUCUCUCGAUUCACGCAUUUGACUCCUCUUGCUCUCCCACACGCUUUCGAUUUCAAAAUUCAAACCUGUCUUCUGCUUUCCUGUCUCUCUUGAAUCCCUCUUCAGCAACACAGUCACAUCCUCUCUCUCUGUCUCUCUUCCCGAUACUCAAAACGCCAUUAAUGGCCAACUUUUGCCUACCGUGAUGCCACCACAACGGCGACCAUCAACCACCAGUAACGCCAUCACUUCUCGCUCCCGAACUUCUCUCUCCCCAAGCAACCUUCAUCGUGCGCUUCUCCAACCACCGAAGCCGGCAACCACCAGUCACACCACCCACCAUUGAAGCCAUCCUUUUCGUUAUGUGGCUCCCAUCUUACUCCCUCUCUCUGAAACUUUGGUAAAUCUCCAACUUUUCCCUAAUUUUCCGUUUUUUUUUUGUUUCUUCUUGACAUUUCUUUCAUUUUCCCCUCAUUUUCUAAAAUCUCAAAAUCUCAAAAUCGGGUUGCUCGAAAAUUGGGGCUUUUCUAAAAAAAUUAGGGCUAUCCAUAUAACAAUACUAGGGGGUGUUUUCAAAUUCUCCCCCUCACAAACUAAACUUUUUGAGAGUUUUUAAGGGUUGGGAUUGAGUUGGAGAUUUGCUCCAAUAGUCAGAAUUUCUUUUCAAUCUUCAAACUCUCCUAACAACAUUGAAGGGCUGAGAGGAAAUUCUACCCAACGGAUAUUAUUAGUUCUGUUCAAAAUUUGAAACGCACUCACGCACGCCCUAUUCCCUUGUCUCUCUCUUACUUCCCCUUUUUGUCUACCGACAAACGUCUCCUCCUCCU